AUCUACCGUUGCAUUCGAUCUGAAUCAGUUUUCACCAUUAGCUGUCAGCUGUCAGCAGCUACAGCCAGUGUUGAUCACCACGAUCAUCUGAUUACUGUCAAAUUUGUUCCUUCCUCAUACUCUAUACCGAGUUCACCUCUGACGUGUCCCCUAACAUGGCACCAACCAAGAAACGCAAGGCUGCGGGCGAGGCAAGCACAACUCCCAAGAAAGUUCGCAUUGGAGAAACACUAGAUAUACCAGAUGUUUCUUCUACUGGCCGUCCCAAGAGAGCAUCCGUUGGCGAGCCACAGUACAAUUUCAAACGCACCACCACUCCGAAAGAGGUAUCACAUCCCCAGGUCCUAAAAGCUGAAGGCGAAGUGAAGAGACGUGGUCGGCCUCCAAAGAAUUCCACUACACCUGUGCCCGUAACAAGCACAGAGGACGAGCCUAAGCCCGUGGUCCGGAAGCGAGGAAGACCGCCAAAGAAUGCUACAAAGCCUACCGCUACAAAGAAAGAAGCGACUCCUCAGAAAUCUGCUCUGAAAAAUGGUACGAAACCUUCUCCCGCAAUCCAAGUCUCAGCAAGAAGCGCACGUUCAGCGAUCCGACAAGAUGAGAACGCGAAACCUGCCCCGGCAAAGCGAGGCCGAAAGCCUAAAGCCGCUACUACUACCACAACAGCUUCUGCUCCUACCUCUGAUUCCGAAGACGGCCUCAACGGUGACACAACAGUGGGAAGUCUCGGUAUGGACACCAACGCAAAAACAGAAGACGUAGAAGCAAUCGAUCAUGACAUUCAAUACUGGUUGAUGAAGGCCGAACCGCAAUCUCGCAUCGAAAAGGGCGUCGAUGUUAAGUUCUCCAUUGAUGAUCUUGCCGCCAAGGUCGAACCCGAGGGAUGGGAUGGUGUCCGCAACCCUGCCGCAAGGAACAACAUGCGAGCCAUGCGAAAGGGCGAUCUGGCAUUUUUCUAUCACUCCAAUUGCCCCAACCCUGGCAUCGCCGGAGUCAUGCGUAUUGUCGCCGAGCACAGCACUGAUGAAAGCGCCUUUGAUCCUGACCACCCUUACUAUGAUCCUAAAUCCGACCCGCAGAAGCCAAAGUGGGAGUUGGUGCAUGUGGAGUUCGUCAAGAAAUUCGAUAAGUUCAUUUCGUUGAAAGAACUCAAAUCAUUCGCUCAGCGUGGGGGUGCUUUGGAAAACAUGCAGAUGCUCAAGCAAGGCCGACUGAGUGUAUCGGCAGUUUCGGCUAGCGAAUGGAGAUUCAUUCUCGGAGUGGCUGGAGAACCGGCUACACUGGGCCAUGGCACGGCAAAAGAUGGAUACGAGUCUGAUGUCGAUGGUGAAGGCGAGGAGACGGCUGCUGAGGGUGACGCCGGAGCCGCCAUCGAGAGGAACUACGAAGACCUGGUCGACGAUGCUGCUGCUGAUGAAGGUAAAAUCGAGACUGGUGCCAAACGUGCUCGGCCUCCUGUCGUUGCCGGAAAGGGUCAGCAAAGUGAUUCGGACGAAGAGGUGGUCCUUGGACUCGCCAUGGUUGCUGCUGCUACCACGACCGGUUUAAUUCCCAACGGUAGCUACGACGAUAACAGCUUUGGCGCUGUCUCGGCGGAUCAUGGCUUCUAGGCGGCAUAGGUUGGUCGUCAGUGAGACGGAGCAGAGGUUCACCUGAAAGCGGUGCCGUAAGGCUCGAGAGAUAAUGUUUGAAGAUGCUCCCAGGUGAAGGCCGACGGUGAUUUCUGUGAACAUGAGGGCAUUUCCUUUUGCUGUUGAGAAGGAGGACCAUACUACGACUGACCAAUGGCAAGGUCUUUGAAGCUGUGGGUGCCAGUACAUUAGGUCCAGCUUUGCAUGCAGAAGCAAUGCACAUACAGAAGAAUGUCGGUGUCGAUAGUCAUGGACUCUCGAUUCAAACUG